AACAGUGUGUUUGUCUGUGAUGAUGUAAGGAAAGUUAUUCCCCAGCUUGGUGUAUCAGUCUGCCCUUCAGAGCGCAACUUUGCUCAAACGCAGUUCUUUCCCUUUUCGUCUUCCACGGACGUGAGUUUAGUUGAAAUCUCCUUACUGUAGUGAACCGAUUGUGGAGACUUACAACGUAAGUUGUUUUUCGCGUUACGAUGCUGAGCAGGACUGUGCUAAGAAACAUUUUUGGAGCCAGCAGGGGUGGUUUUCCCUGUCGUGCGUGGAAUUAUUCCGAAAGCGUGUCGAAUGCUAACCACCGGGAGAAAGAGAACCUCACGGGCAGAGACCUGGAGAAACAUGAGCUGCGCCCGUUGUACAUGGAUUUCCAAGCCACCACGCCGAUGGACCCCCGCGUGCUGGAUGCCAUGUUGCCCUAUCAGGUGAAUUACUAUGGCAACCCUCACUCCAGAACGCAUGCAUACGGCUGGGAGAGCGAGAGGGCUGUGGAGAUGGCCAGAAAGCAAGUGGCCGACCUGAUUGGGGCUGAUCCCAGGGAGAUCGUGUUCACCAGCGGCGCAACGGAGUCCAACAACAUGUCAAUCAAAGGUGUGGCGCGGUUCUACAAGUCCAGGAAGAAACAUGUCGUCACCACGCAGACGGAGCACAAGUGCGUGCUGGACUCCUGCCGAGCGCUGGAGGCCGAAGGGUUCGACGUCACGUACUUGCCUGUAAAAAGUAACGGCCUCGUUGAUCUGGAGCAACUGGAAGAGACCAUCAGGCCUGACACCAGCCUGGUUUCAGUCAUGACGGUCAACAACGAGAUUGGGGUGAAACAGCCGGUGAAAGAAAUAGGUCGCGUCUGCCGUUCCAAAAAGGUGUUUUUCCACACGGAUGCGGCUCAGGCCGUGGGGAAGAUCCCGGUUAACGUCAACGAGUGGAACGUCGAUCUGAUGUCAAUCAGUGGUCACAAGAUCUAUGGUCCAAAAGGAGUGGGGGCGCUGUACGUGAGGCGGCGGCCCCGGGUGCGACUGGAUCCCCUGCAGAGUGGGGGGGGGCAGGAGAGGGGGCUGCGCUCUGGCACGGUGCCCACCCCGCUCGUCGUGGGCCUUGGCGCCGCCUGUGAGAUAGCACAGCAGGAAAUGCAGUACGAUCACAGGCGGAUAUCGAUGCUGGCUGACCGUCUCCUCGGGAAAAUCAUGGCCGGAAUCCCGGAUGUGGUAAUGAAUGGAGAUCCCGAGAAGAGGUAUCCAGGUUGUAUCAAUAUUUCCUUUGCCUAUGUGGAGGGAGAGAGCCUGCUGAUGGCACUCAAGGAUGUUGCUCUCUCUUCUGGCAGUGCCUGCACGUCCGCCUCCCUGGAGCCUUCAUACGUGCUGCGAGCUAUUGGGACUGACGAAGACCUGGCUCAUUCGUCUAUCAGGUUUGGAGUCGGUCGCUUCACCACGGAGGACGAGGUGGAUUACACAGCGGAGAAGUGCAUUCAGCAGGUCAAGAGGCUGAGGGAGAUGAGCCCGCUGUGGGAGAUGGUGCAGGAAGGAAUCGACCUGAAGAGCAUUAAGUGGACGCAGCACUAGACAGGAUUUGCUCCGGAUCUCCAGCUGCAGAGUCCCCGUCGCCCCUCGUCCUUUCCUCUUCUCCCUCACAUGACAGCAUUCCAGUGCCUGUCGUCUCUCUCCGCUUGCUAUAGAACAUUACAAACAUGACAAGAAACAAAUGUCCGUUUAACCACGCACAACGGGGAUCGUAAAAACUUGCAAGGUACCAUAAGAGGAAGAAUUUGAUCUUUUUUUAAAAAAAUAUGGGCUGACUGUCCUUUCCUUUCUUUUUACCUGCCGUAAGAAUGAAAACCGUUAAUAUCCAAAGGCUAGUAUGUGGGCGAGCAGCGAGGUGUUGGUAUUUAAAUCACCGUGUGUUUUUGUCUUGGGUUGGGGGCCCCGUGUGGACCCUGCGGGGUCAGAGAGGGCCCCUGUGGUGGCCAAGAACUACAUUCCAGCCUGCUGCAGUUUCAGGGUGGGGGGGGAGGGGAGAGGUAGGAGGUCUCGGUUUUCUCCCAUGUAGAAACGGAACAGAUCAAAUACAAACACAGGCUAGCGUCGGGCUUUGUGAUCGUAUCAGGCGUACGGACUCCUUAAUAUGAACUUGUUUUUCUAGCAAGGUGUGAAAACGACGAAUAACUUCUGUGAACGUUCGAAUACGUGCGAAUAUGCCUCACCUUUCGGUGUGCAGUGGCCUUGAAUGGAGAAAUCUUAAAGAAUAAUAGGUCAAGAGUGUCUGUAUGUAGUCGAUAGUUUGGGCAUUUUAUUAAUCCUCUUAAUGUUUUUGUUGCAAUUCAGAAAGUACUAUAAAUGCUUUUUCAUGCACAGGUUUCUUGAGCUUUGUCAGGCCGCUGGUCCUCCUGAGACUGGAGUACUGGGUCCUUUGUGAUGUUCAGUCUUUGUGCAGGCCUGGCAGUGUCAUUUGACAGAUCCAAGUGCUCGGCUCUUUCAUCAUGGUCACGGUUGUGAAGAUGGUGAAAACUGGAGACAAACCUUGCAUUCUGCAGACGGCACAUCUUAAUGUCAUAAAGGGUGGAAGAUGUUAAGCAGAAGACUGGCUUGAGUGGGAUGGGGAGGGCCCAGAUAAUUUGGCCCUUUGUAAUACAGAUAAAACAAUCAUUUCACAAUGUUUCAGAAGUAUCAUUGCUGCUUGUUAAAGGUUUAAUGCUUUAAAGCUUUUUUUUAACUUAAGGUUUUGCUGACUGUAUUGAGUAGAUGUACCACUUGAGAAUACAUUGAUGCUAUUCUGACGUUUAAAAAGAGACAGCACCUCACUUCACAAGUCCAAUACGUGUCUUUUCCUGUAGGCAGUGUGUUUGCUGGUCAGGGGAGAAACUUGACUUUUUCUUUUUCCUUUGGCCACUGCGAGAUCUUUUUUUGUGGUACAUUGUAUCUGUAUAAAUAAACUGUUCUGAAACCUG